UAAAAAUGUAUUAGUAAAUACAAAUAUAACCAUAAGUGGUACAAAACUGUAGGAACAAAGAUUCAAAUAGGGACUUUGACUAAUUAAAAUAUAAUCAGUGAUAUCUUGAUUUACUAAUACGUCUAGUCAUAAACCAAUUUCAGAUAUCUGGAAUGCAAGUGUGAUGAAACCAAUUUUUAUGUUAAAACUGUCUGCCAUUAGCUGGGUGUAUGAGACAUCAUACAUCACCAAUGAUGUCACAUAUGCCUUUGAUAUAUGUCAUAUGUAUCAAAGACUUUGAUAUAUGUGAUAUGUAUCAAAGGCAUAUUCUGCCAGCAGAAUUUCCUGCAUUCUGCUAGCAUUCGUUUCGCUCUGACAUUUUGCUUUGUUUUUAAACGGCAAGAAAAAUUGCAACGUUUUUUUUAAGUUUUAGACAGCAAGAACAAUUUCGAAAUGUUUAAAUUUUUCAAGAGGACACGGAAAUCUGUCUCUACUGAUCUUGAAGAAAUACGCAAAAGGAAUAAUGAGGCAAUCCAAGAACUCUUGGAAAAGAACCGAAGGCUUGAAAAAAAAAGAGAUCUCCGAAAUCCCAAAAAAGUGAUGAAAGCUGAGAUGGAGUUGAGCAAAGAAUGUGAAAGACAGAUUAGGAAGUUGAAUCUGGAAGCUGACAAAUGGAAUGCAAAGGAAGAAAAACUGAUGUAUUUAGACAGAAGGAGGAAUGAACUUUUCCGGGCUUUGGAAAGGACGAAUGAACAAUUAAUUGAGAAACCUGUGUUAAAAUCUUACUUAAGUGGGGCUAAAGAACAGCAGAAAAGCCUCAAACUUCUUAACACUAGGUUAGCAAAUCAUGUUAACAUCUUGACAGACCAACUUUCAUAUCAAACUAAAGUAUUUGAUAAGUACACAAAGUCUGCAGACGGUAACAAAAAUUUGAUGAAGAUUCAAGAAAACUGCAUAACAGAGAUUAUGGACAAACUGGAAAUAUUCAAUUUGGCGGCUCUGAAUGACAAAACCAUGGCAAAAGAUGAAAACCUGGAUCAUUUAGACAAACAGAACAAUAGUCUUUUGCAAAAGCUCGAAAGUUUGAAACAACAACUAGUUGGUGUGCCUGUCAUGAGAUACCACUACAGGUGUGCAAAGAAAGAGUGCCAAAGACUCACACAACUGAACCCUAAGUUAGAAAAACUGGUUCAGGACCUGACAGACGAACUGUCAUAUCAAACUGCACUGGAACGUGAUUACAAAGAGGCAGACGAUCUGAUCAAAGAGCUGGAGGAAACCAAGCAAAAUUACCUAUACAAGAUAGAGGAUUUAAAAUCAAUGGUAAAACUUGGGAUCAAAUCAAAGAAAAAGGACAAAGACAACAUGGCAAAACGUUUAACUUCCCUUGUACUUAAACUCGAUGAUCUCAAGAAGGAAUUUGUUUCCUUCCAACUAGACAUUGAGAACAUUCUUGGAAACAUUCAGUCUUUUAAUGUUGUGAAUAUACAAGAUAGAAUUCGUCCAGCAGACGAUCAGAAGUUUACCGGACAGCAUUCUAACUUAGCAGGAGAAUGGAAACAAAUUUCUUUGGACUCAAUAUUAUCUGAUGGGGAAUGUGUGCCUCCUACUCGAGAAAACCAGGGACAAAAUUAUUUUUUAGAGUCAGAGGAUGAGGCAAGUGAUAAGGAGUUGGAAGACAGCUCUUUAGAAGAAACGACAACUGAAGAUGACUUAGUAGGUUUAAACAACACAACUGUGAAAGAGUCAGAUUCUCAAGACCGCCAAAGGCUAAGAAAAAACGAGAAACAAGUUGAUACUUCAGAGUCAGAGGACGAGACAAGUGACGAAGAGUCAGAAGACAGUACUUUGGAAGACACAACGUCUGAAGAUGACUUAACAGAAUCGUACAGCACAGCUAUAAAUGAGUCAUUUCCUCAAGCCCUCCAAAGGGAGAGAGAAAACAAGAAACAAGAGAAGAUUUCAGAGUCGGAAGAUGAAACAAGUGAUGAAGAGUUAGAAGACACAACAUCUGAAGAUGACUCAACAGAUUUAUGCAACACACCUGUGAAAGAGUCAGACCCUCAAGACCUCCAAGGGCUGAGAGGAAACAAGAAACAAGAUUUUUCAGAGUCAGUGGACAAAGCAAGUGAUAAAGAGUUACAAGACAGGACAACGGAAAACACAAUGUCUGAAGAUAACUUAACAGAAUCAUACAAUGCAACUGCGAAAGACUCAGACCCUCAAAACCUGCAAGGGCAGAGAGAAAAUGAGAAGCAAUUAGAUUUUUCAGAGUCAGUGGACAAAACAUGCGAUAAAGACUUUGAAGAUAGAACUCUGGAAAACACAACAUCUCAAGAUAAUUCAAUAGAUUCACGCAACCCAACUGUGAAAGAGUCAGACCCUCAAGACCUCCAAGGGCUGAGAGAAAACGGGAAACAAGAUUUUUCAGAGUCAGAGGACAAGAUGUGGUUCCAAAGUCCUAUAAAAGAUAAGACUUUGGAAAACACAUUUGAAGAUAACUUAACAAAUUCAUACAACACAGCUGUGAAAAAGUCAGAUUGUCCAGACCUUUCAACCCUGAGAGGAAAUGAGAAACAGGAGGAUUUUUCAGAGUCAGUUGACAAGAUACAUGAUAAAGAGUUAGAAGACAGGACUUUGGAAGACACAAGAUUUGAAGAUGACUUAACAGACUCACACAACACAACUGUUAAAGAGUCAGACUCUCCAGACCUCCAAAGGCUGGAAAAGAAAGGGAAACAGGAGAACUUCGCAAAGGCAGAGGACAAGACAAGUGACAAAGAGAUAGAGGAAAGUCCUUUGGAAGACAUGACAUUUGAAGACAACUUAACAGAUUCACAAGACACAAGUUUGAAAGAAUCAGACUGUUUAGACUCCCAAAGGCUAAGAGACAAGCAUCAAGAAUCCACUUCAGAAGAGGACAACACAUGUGAAGACCGAGACCAUUCAGAACUGUGAUACGACAGAGACAGACAGGUGGAGGGGAGCGCAUGUAAAAACUAGAACCAAGCCAGGGAAAACAAUCUGGAGAAAGACUGGAUCUUGAGGUAUGUUGUUGAUGAUGAUGUAUUUCACAGGUCUCCCUCUUAAAUUAAACAUAUGAGUCUCAAAAUAUUUCCCUGUAUUGUGACUGCACAUUAUUUUUAGCAGUAUGUCAUUCAAUGCUUCUUGCAUAGUAAUUACCACAGCAGCAUCCAUGCAUAUAUGUGGGUUUUCUCCAGGUACUCUGGUUUGCCUACAUAAUCCAAAAAUAUUGAUACCAUAUUUCCUAUGGUGUCAAAUAGAACACAUUACACUCAAAAUAAAGCGUACAUUAUAAAUAACACUUGUACAUCACUAUCAGUUAAAGGAGAUAUUAAAUAAAUAAGGACACAUUAAGCAACAUUAUAAAAUUUUGAUGUACACAUAUCAAAACUAUACGAAGAGGAAUGUAGGACCACUGAAAAAAAAUCUGACUUUAAUCUCAGAAUUCUGAGGAAAAAGUCAGAAUUAAGAUUAAAGUCAGAAUUCAUAUUUUUUUCAGUGGCCUUAAUCCUCUUCUGUAAAAAUAAGAACUGUUGAGGAAAUGACAACAAAUGAAUGACGUAUACAGAACACUUAUUUGAACAAAUGAGUUCACCCAGGUAUACUUUGAAUUGAUGGCGUAAACUGGCGCUGUUCCAGUAACAUGGUCCAGGGCUCUGUUUCUGGUCUGUAUCCUUUCUGCAUUAUUUUUUUUUUUGACUACUUGAGUUCUCUGUAGAUGAUUCCUCUUGCUCAUGUAGAGAAAAGAAAACUUUCUAAACUUCAUAUUUCAAUGAUGACAUCAGUUCCUCAUAACAUCAACUUAAGUGGCAGUUGCAGUUUGAAAGUAAAAAUGGGCUUUCACGUUUUCUUGGCUGUGCUAAGUUUUUCUAGUUCCACUCUGUAAAUUAAAAAUGAUAAAUAAUAGAGCAGUCUCUUUC